GGUGGUUUCUUCCUUCCUGCUUCGCCCGCAUCUUUCGAGAUAUGGGGAAGAGCGUCCUUUUCGGCAGCACCACCUGAGGAUUUCCUGGAGCCGCCCCUCGCGAUGGAAGAGGAUCAGGAACUGGAGAGAAGAACAGUGAUAAAAGCGUUAAGACCCUGGGUCCUAGAGUCGGCCUGCCUGGAUUACAUCACAGCACCAUUACUUACUGGCUGUUGUGACAUUAGGAAAGCCAUAGAAGAAUUGUUAAAGGAGGCAAAGCGUGGGAAAACCAGAGCAGAGACCAUGGGACCGAUGGGCUGGAUGAAGUGUCCUCUUGCUGGUACAAAUAAAAGAUUCCUAAUUAACACAAUUAAGAACACCCUGCCCUCCCAUAAAGAGCAGGAGCAUGAACAAAAAGAGGGCAGCAAGGAAUCUGGCCAGAGUCAAGACCAGAAAGAGACAAACUCAAAGCAGCACAGAAGCCGAUCUUCUAAGCGCAACAUGCACUCAGCCCGGGGCUCACCCCCAAGGAAGCGGGCCUCCAGGGACAAGGGUGACCACCGAACCAGCAGGCGAUGAGCGAGCUGCAGGACCAACCCAGUACUGCGCCUGUCACUGGGUGCAGUGAGGACAGGGAGGUGACAGGGCUCUGACACCUGAGAAUGACUUUCCAGCGGGUCCUUUGCAUUAAGAUGGCUGUUAUUGUUGUGUCAUUGUUGUUGUUAACAGGCAAAAAAAAAAAAAAAAAAAGACAAAAAAAAAUAACCCACCAACCUUUUACUAAAACAAGCCCUUGUCCUGAAGGUGCCGUAGAAGAUGGUUUAGCAUUGCUAUGCACAUCCAUUUGUUUUAUCCUGUCUUGUUUGCAAGUUAGUUUCAAAACAAGCAGUUCUAGAAUUUGGAAUUUUCAGGUUGUUAAAAACUGUCCCCAGUUUUUUUGAUGUACUGCAUUUUUUGUGGUCACUUCCCAGAAUUUCUCAAAAUAAAAACUUAGAAACGCUA